UGGUGAAGACGGUCAACCGGCUCCACAGGAAAUGCACCGGCCUUCAAAACCGACCCGCAGAUGAAACCGUUUUAGCUAUUUGUUAGGAUUUGAUGUUGUGGCCUUCAUUCGACAGGUAUUCUUAAUAAUGAAACGGGAUACAUGGGACUGUAGGCACAAACAAACAUUUGUCAAUCUCUGUUCUUCCUGAAGGCACCAUCUUCGUCCAAUCGCAUUAUUGAUUGGUGCUUUUGUGUGGCAAUUUUGCAGUAAAUUAUUUGAGAAAAGAACCACGGUUGUACAAUUUGAACAAGAGAUGGACCUAUGCACAAUGCACUGUUUGUAUAAAUGACAAUGUUGGUUUUUCAAUGCUGUGAAAACUCUGUGAAAUCAAAUUCUGCUGAGUUAAGGAAAACCAGGAGCUUUUAAUAACUCAAGCGUCUCUGUUAAUUCGACCAAUUGGCUAAAUGACCCCCAGCACACACACACACUAACAAGAUUUUACCCAUUGUGUGUGAGAAAGGGUCGGGGCCGCCUCAUGUGUCGGGCCUCCUCUGUGUUCUGGUCCCCACCGACCCCCACCCUUCCAGCGUCAGUGGGAUGUCCCAGGUGUGUCUCCUCUUGGCCUUGCUUAUGCUCUGCAGCUGCACAAAGGUCUCCUCUAUUAACUCCCUGGAGCUCGUGAAGGAGCAGUGGAGCAGCUACAAAAACCAGUGCCUGAACUACCACAACGCCACGCCCCCCACAACAGGGCUGGUGUGUAAUAGGACCUUUGACCUGUACGCCUGCUGGCCUGAUGGACUCCCGGGAACCACUGUCAAUGUAUCCUGCCCAUGGUUCCUGCCAUGGUACCGUAAAGUUCAGCAGGGUCUGGUCUACAGAUUCUGCAAUGAAGAGGGCCACUGGGCGCAAAAGAAUACCAGCGAAUGUGAGGACGACCCUGGUGAGCAGCAGUAUGGCCGCAUCCUCAGUCAGUUACGGGUCAUGUAUACAGUGGGCUACUCACUCUCCCUGGGAGCUCUGCUACUGGCCCUGGGAAUCCUCAUCACCUUCAGGAAGCUCCACUGUAUGAGGAACAACAUCCACAUGAACCUGUUUGCCUCCUUCAUCCUGAAAGCCGUGUCCAUCCUGGUCAAAGACGCCCUGCUGUCCCUCACGCUGGACCCCCGGAGCAGCAAUGACAGCCGGACACAAGCAUGGGUCAACAUACCGGCUGUUACGUGGUGCCGUGGUGCCAUGGUGAUGAUGCAGUACAGCGUGAUGGCCAACAACUAUUGGCUGCUGGUGGAGGGCAUCUACCUGCACAGCCUGCUCGUCAUCACCGUGUUCAGCGAGAGGAAGUACUUCUACAUUUAUCUGACCAUUGGCUGGGGCGCGCCGCUCAUAUUCGUGUUGCCGUGGAUCACGGUGAAAUAUCUGUAUGAGAACGAGGAGUGCUGGGAGAGGAAUAUCAACAUGGGAUACUGGUGGAUCAUCCGUUCUCCUAUCGUGUUUGCUUAUCUGAUUAACUUCUUCAUAUUCAUACGAAUUAUCAAAAUCCUGAUGUCUAAACUCAGAGCUCAUCAGAUGAGAUACACUGACUACAAGUUCAGAUUAGCAAAGUCCACUCUGACUCUAAUUCCUUUGCUCGGGAUUCACGCCAUCCUCUUCACCUUCGUCAUCGAUGAGUCCGUCCCUAAAGGCUCCAUGCUGCGCCUCAUUCGCCUCUUCUGUGACCUGCUGUUCAACUCUUUCCAGGGCCUGCUGGUUGCCAUUCUGUACUGCUUCGUCAACAAAGAGGUGCAGUCAGAGAUGCUGAAAAAGUGGAAGAGGUGGAAGCUGGGCAAGGACAUCGAUGAAGAGUACCGCCACACCCACAGCCACACGCCGCACAUCAGGAGCGGCAGCAUCGCCACCGGCAAUCUACCCGAUCUCCAUGACAACACCGCCAGCGACCCUGGUGGUGACUCGCCUCGCCUCAACAAAGCUGACGGAGACCCCUCGUGCUCCGCCGCACCUGAGGAGAACCGCCGACUAGUUGUCUGCUACAGCAAUGGGACGGGGAAAGGCGGUUCCGCCAAAAGCAGGCACACCCUGCAAUUCUCUUUCCUGCCACACCGAGGCACCGGCACUCACGUGAGCACUGCCACGCAGGAUGCGUGCCUGGAGGAGAGUGCGCGGUGCAGCGCAUACCCUCUGGAAGGAGAGGAGACUAAUGUCUGACGUGCUCUGAGGCCGAAAACUCUCACUGGCUGUGCUCAUCGGUGUGUCAGAUCAGUGGUUAUCACGCUCCAUGAAGACAGUGGGAAGAGAAACAGGAAGUAACCCACACAGAUCAGGAUGUUAAAAAAAUUGAAAAGAAACUCUAGUGGUGUCUAGUGUGUCUAGUGUGUCUAGUGUGUCUAGGUGUGUGUGUGUGUGUGUGUGUGUGUGUGUGUGUGUGUGUGUGUGUGUGUGUGUGUGUGUGUGUGUGUGUGUGUGUGUGUGGAGGACUGCUAUGUCGACACCAACCCUGCUCACACCCUUCCAUCUGUUGGGUGUGUUGUAUGGAUGGUCUGUUGUGUCUGUUUGCAGCAAUGGAUGCUUUUGGUGCACUCCGAAAAACAAAACUUCUCAAAAGUGUCAACUCUAUUUUAUUUAUUUCUUUGCAUACAUGAAACUGAAUGUGGACUUAAGCGUGCAUGACUCAUGAUGUCUUGUUCAUCAGGAUGAAGACUGAGGGACACACAUGCUGAGGUAGACGAUGCUAUCCUCUUCAGAGAGUCUGUGAUGUGUAAAUUAUUCUGGUUUUAAAUGGACAAAGCCAAACAAGAAAAUAUUAAUAUAUCAUGAUUUUACAUAACAAUCCACUUUUUCAUGGCUUUCUUUGUAUCUAUAAUUCUGUGUGGCUUCUUUCAACAGCUUCUCCUGACUGAAUGUAUGUGAACAAUGGAGAAGCAUUGGUGAAACAAUAUUUAAGUGUAUAUAUGUAAUUAGAAAUACGCCAACAGCACCUGCAUUUAUCCAUUAAGGAGACUUCAAUUUAAUUCUUGAUUUGUCUUCUACUUGACACACAUUUAGUCAAUUGGAUUAAAAGCAAUUUGACAA